CCCCUCCUGGGUCGGAGGAGGACCCAGAGCGAGGAUGGAGGCCGUGGCCUUGUACAACUUCCAGGCUGAUGAGAAAGACGAAUUGCCGUUUAAGAAGGGCGACAUCCUGAAGAUCCUGAACAUGGAAGAUGACCUGAACUGGUACAAAGCAGAACUCUUCGGCACCGAGGGAUUCAUCCCCAAAAACUACAUCAAAAUGAAACCUCACCCGUGGUAUUCCGGAAAGCUGUCCAGGCAAGCAGCUGAGGAGGUUCUCUUGAAACGUGAUUUCCGGGGAGCUUUCCUUAUCCGGGAAAGCGAGAGCAGCCCAGGGGAUUUCUCCAUCUCAGUGAACUAUGGAGACCAAGUGAUGCACUUCAAGGUACUGAGAGAAAAGAAAGGGAAGUACCACCUCUGGGACGAGAAGUUCAACUCCAUGAACGAACUGGUGGAUUUCUACAGAACGACCACCAUCGCCAGGAAAGCACAGGUCUUCCUCAGGGAUCACGCGGAAAUGCAGGAGCCCAAAAAGCCAAAAUUCGUCCAGGCUCAGUUCGACUUCACGGCCAAAAGCCCAUCCGAGCUGAGCUUCUGCCGAGGGGACGUCCUUGAAAUCCUGGACUGCUCUGAUCCCAACUGGUGGAGAGGGAGGAUUGGAGUGAAGACGGGUCUAUUCCCCAGGAACUAUGUCUUCCCACUGCGCAUGUGACCUGCUUCGCCUGCGUUCUCAUGGAGGCUUCUUCUGAAGCAGCCAAUCAAAAUCUCUCUGAAUGGAAGUCCUGUGGAACAUCUAUAGAAUG